AUGUCGUCCCUCAGCAAUCUCAAGCCCAUCAAGAUCUGGGGCAAGGGAGGACCCAACCCGCCCAAAGUUGCCAUGAUCGCUUCUGAGCUGGGAAUCCCACACGAGAUCGUGGAUAUCCAAUUCAGCGAGCUCAAGAAGCCCGACUUCCUCGCCAUCAACCCUAACGGCCGCAUGCCUGCCAUCCAAGACCCCAACACCGACCUCACGCUUUGGGAGUCGGGCGCCAUCGUGGAGUACCUGAUCGAGAAGUACGACACGGAGCGCAAGCUCAGCUUCGAGCCGGGCACCAACGAGGCCUACCACGCCAAGCAGUGGCUCUUCUUCCCAGACCACGGGCCAGGGCCCCUACUACGGACAGGCCGUCUGGAAAUCAUACGGGUGACGACGGUGCUGGAGGGCGAGCUCGCGCGGCAGCAGGAGGCGCACGGCAACAAGGAGGGGUUCAGCGGGCCGUGGCUGGUCGGCAACAAGUUGUCGUACGCCGACUUUGCCUUCUACCCGUGGCAGUGGGCCGCCCAGAGGGUCCUGGGCGACGACGGCGAAUACAAGAUUGCCGAUUUCCCGCUCGUGAAAGCAUGGCUGGAGAAGCUGAAUGCGCGGGAGUCGGUCAAGUACGCGCUACCGGAGUAG